UAUCGCUCAAGUAACUCAUAAAAUACUCUAAACGCGUGACAGAGAAGAGUGCUGUUGUGUCCGAUUUUUAUGAGGAUUUUUUUAUGAACGAUGUCGACUUCGAAUCAGAGGUUGAUCACGGUGUUCGGGGCGACUGGAAGCCAGGGUGGGUCUCUGAUAAAAGCUUUGCUCGAGGAUGGGACUUUUUCUGUUCGAGGUGUAACCAGAAAUGCAGAUGGCGAUGCGGCUUUGAAACUAAAGAAGAUGGGUGUAGAGAUACUGUACGCUGACUAUGACGACCCUCUGACCUUGGAUAGAGUGAUUGCAGGGAGCUAUGGGGUAUACGUGGUGACCGGUGCUUACAUUGAAAAGUUUUACGAAGACAAGGAGUUAGCUAGAGGGCUCCGUUUGGUUGAAGCCGCCAUUCGGGCAGGGGUGGAGCACUUCGUAUACAGUGGUCUACCGUCUUGCAUGGAGGUUACUGGUCAGAGAUGUCCAGAGUUUGAGGGCAAGUCUAAGGUCGAAGAAUUCAUAUUCGCAUCGGGGCUACCCUCCACUAGCCUAAGGCAACCGGUUUCCAUGGAGAAUAUACUCAUUGAUUUCAUCCCUCUGCUUCAAGAGGAUGGGACCUUUGUAUGGAAUAUCCCAAUGGAAGGCAGACCCUUGCCUAUGUUGAACCCAGCUGAUGACGGUCGUGCCAUCUUGAAAGUAUUCAAGGACCCCAAGAAGUAUAUUGGUCGUCGAAUUGGUCUUGCGGGAGACUUCAAAACAAUCGAGGAGUAUGCAGCUAUUGCAUCCAGACAUGUUUCUCCUUACGUCAUCAAAGCUACAAAGAUGACUGCCAAUGAAUUCAAAAAGUUAGCUUCACCCCGGGCCGACGAUCUUGGGACGAUGUUUGAGUUCCUUCAAAUGGAUGCAUCAGCCUACAGCCUAACCGAUACUCAAAAACUCGAUCCCGACAUUAUGGAUUUCGACUCCUUCAUGCGACUCAAUGCCUCGGAGCUGAAAGAAAAACUUAAAUACCAGUAUGACGCUAAGAUUAUACAAAAAGAUCAUUUAUCUUGUAUCGGAUUUCAGUCUGCAAACUAAGCCUUCAUUUACAUUACAUUAUUUUCUUAUACGUGGGGCAACAAAAAGGUUAAAUGAUGUUAAAUUAUGUGUUUUGUAUUUUUCUUAUUAUCCCUUGGUGUACUUCCACUAUUUCGUAAUACUUACCGAAGAUAAUUAAUCACCAAACUUGUAAUUUUCUUUGCAAAAAUGAUAUAUUAAGUAAUUAAACAAGUAAUUACUGUAAGUAGGUAGGUAAGUAACUAAAUAAAUAACUAAAUAAGUAAAUGAUUACGUAAGUACGUUAUCCCUUGGGGCACUUCGUAUACUAUAUUGGAAUACUUACCAACGAUAUCUGAUUUCAACAAUGUAAUUUUCUUUCAUUGUAAAAGUGCUAUAAGUAAAUGAGUAAUGUAAUUAAAUGAGUAAGUAAGCCAUUAAGUCAGCAAGCAAACAAGUGAGUAGGUAAUUAAGUAAGCAAGUGAGUAUCUAGUAUAUAAAUGAAUAAGUAAGUAAACCACUAAGUUAAUAAGCAUAUCAACAAGUGUGAGUGAGUUAAUAACAAAGAAUAAAUAAACACAUAAAUGAAUAAGUAUUGAUAAAUGAAUGAAUUAAUAAGUAAAUAAAAAAGG